GUGAUUAAAUAAAGUUUAACCUUUCUUUCUACAAUUCAAGUGUAAACUUGUUGGAGCUAAAUUUAAUUUAUAUCAAACAUGCAAAUCAGCUGAAUAACCAAAAAAUUCAAUUACAAUUUUCCAUAAUCAACUAUUAAAGUUAAAACCAAUUAAAACCAACAUUUCUUGGAUACAAUUAAAUUGUCAUCUCCGCAUCACAAUCCAGGGUCCUGUACCUAUUUCAAAUCCACCUCGUUCGCUGCAACAUUGAUAUGAUGAAAAGGAGAUGAAGGAGAUGAAGCACUUCAACAUGAUGUAUCUUUUAAAGGAGACAAUCUUGCAACAUCGUUUUAUAAGUAAUCAGACCAUGAUCAGAGCUUAGAUAAUUGUUCAAGUUUCUCGUUCACAAAAGUUAUCAGUAAUUCUCCAAUAAUGAUCGGAACAACGCAGUUAAAAUCUAAUCAUUUGAUUCUAUUGUGUAUCAUAAUUUUCAUCGCUUUUCUAAUUUUUCUCGUGAAAAGAAAACACUCAUUCUGGAAAUGUCAAGGUGUCAAAGGUCCUAAGCCAACCUUUUUCAUUGGAAAUACUCUCGAAAACCUUGUAUCCCAUUUAGCUAAAUUACACGAUAAUUAUUACAGAAAAUAUGGAAAAAUUUAUGGUACAUUCGAUGGACUAAAACCCCAUUUGAACAUUGGCGACACGGAAUUGAUUCGAGAUAUUUGCAUAAAGGAUUUCAGUGUAUUCCCUGCUAGUUUUCAUGCUAUUUAUCUAAGUCCAGUUGAAGAAAAUUUCUUAACAAAACUUUAUGGUCCCAAAUGGAAACGAAUGCGAUCAUUGUUAUCGCCAACAUUUACUUCGGGAAAGAUGAAGAAAAUGUUCACCCUCAUCAAAGGUUGUACUCAAGAUGCGCUUAAAGCGCUGGAAAAAUUAUCCAAGACUCAAAGUAGUUCCUUUGAUCCAAGAAAGUUCUGGGGACGUUAUAACAUGGAUGUAAUCGCUAAAUGCUGUUUCGCCGCUAAUCUUGAUGUCUACAGUGAUGAAGAAAGCAUUUUACAGCAAAAUUUUACCAAAGUAGUUACUGGUGACCCAAUAAGAUUCUUAUUCAUUUUCAGUGUACCCGAAUGGUUAACAAAAGCUCUAAAAAUUUCAGGAUUUCCAGUCAAAAAUAUUGAGUACCUGAGAGAUUUGACUUUAGCUUUAAUCGAAAAACGGAAAAAUAGAAAAGACAAAGUCGAGGAUCUCCUGCAGAUCUUAAUUGAUUCGGAAUCACCAGAAGUAGAUGAUGACAGUAAAGAUGCUACAAAGGUUAAAUUGACUUCAGAAGAAAUUGUUUCAGCUUCAGUCGUCUUCCUUAUUGCAGGAUUCGAGACUACUUCGACUCUAUUAACUUGGGCUUGUUAUCGACUCGCACUCAAUCAAAAUGUCCAAGAAAAGCUCUUCGAAGAAGUCAGUGCAGCCGAUGUUCAAAAUUAUGAUGUUCUUAGUGGUCUCACUUAUCUCGAUGCUGUUAUUAAUGAAACUCUAAGAAUUGAUCCUCCUGUUGUUGUUUUCCAAAGAACUGCUCAUGAAGAUUACACGUUACCAGGAACUAAUAUUUCCAUUCCAAAAAAUACUCGAAUUACUAUUCCUAUUCACGCGAUUCAUCAUGAUCCUGAUAAUUAUAAUGACCCCGAAGAGUAUAAACCAGAAAGGUUCAUCUAUCAAUCACCAAAACCGUUUACAUUCUUACCAUUUGGAGCUGGACCUCGAAUUUGUAUCGGAAUGAGAUUCGCUCUCAUGAACGCUAAACUUGUCUUAGCAACUCUUGUCAGAAAUUAUAAAAUUCUACCAACUCACGAAACAUCAAAAGACUUAAAAUUCGAAAAAGGGACUAUCCUAUUAAGUCCCCAUAAUUUGAAAAUGAGAAUCCAACCCAGAUCCGGUUGAAUAAAACUUCGAUAACUUCAGGUUGUUAAAAAGAUAUCUUGUAAAAUAGAUAAAUAAAAACGGAUAUAAAACUUCAAAAGGUAAG